AUGUUCCUCCUUCAACGUUGGCUGUCAUUCACUGUCCUUCCCACAGUCCUCCUCUUCCUGGUGCUGAAAUCGAACUUGAAUGCUGUGGAGAGCCGUGAGCAAGAUACACCAGAGGGAACCUGCACUACUUCUGGCGUAUGUGACGCUAGCAAAACUGUCUUGGUGACAGGCAGUAAUGGAUUUGUGGCAUCUUGGAUUGUCAAGGAAUUGUUGGAACAAGGAUACUCAGUCCAUGCAGCUGUCCGUGACGCCUCAAUACCUGACAAAGUCAACCAUCUCAAACAAUUGACGGCAGAGACCAGUCGCCUUAUAAUAUUUUCUACGGGAGACUUGGGAAGUGCCCCGGAUGACAUUUGGGAUGCCCCUCUGAAAGGUUGUCAUGCUGUGAUUCAUUCUUCCAUGGCAAUGGGAUGGCGUGAUGGUCGUCAUAAAAUGUACGAGCCAACAUUGGCAGGUACACGACAAUUAUUGCACGCAAUCGAACGACACACCGACUCGAUCCGAUCGCUCAUUCUGACAUCCUCCACAGCAGCCGUGGCUACUCAAGAUGGUCAUGCUAUUACGGAUGAGUCACAUUGGCGCAAUGCCCAAGAGGAUAUAGAGCAGGAAUCUUGGUACAGUGCCACCAAAAUUGCCCAAGAACAAAUGGUCACCGAAUGGGCCCAAACCCAAAAGAAAGCUGGAAUUCUGCCGCCACAGUUUCAAUUUGUGUCCAUUGUGCCCACACGAGUUCUGGGUCCUCCCAUUGUAUCCACACUACCCAUUUCCGGUUGGAUACAAAUACUUCGCGAUUGGUUGUUGCAUCCACCUGCAGAAAGCAAUGAUACCAUCGAGUUCGUACAUGUCCAGGAUGUAGCCCGCAUGCACAUUGCUGCCUUGGAACAUCCAGAGGCAUAUGGACGAUAUUUGUGCGUGGACGAAUCCUGGCAUUGGAAUGAACUGUUGGAGUAUCUACAGCAACUCCAGCCCAAAAUGAUAAUCAAGCCAUACAAGGGAGACGAUGACAAGGUCCCUCCAAAACAGUUCAGCAAGGAACGACGCAACACUUUGGAUGUAGCAUUUCGGUCGAUGAAAACCAUGCUAAGAGACGCUGUGGAAUAUUUGGAGGCCGUUGAUGAGUUGGGUGGAUUAUCUACAAUUAAAUUCUAA